GAUCGUGGCACCAGCAGACACCCCCUUCUCCCCCUUUUGGAACAGCAAAGCUCCGGGAGGCAUUCGCAGUGUUUUCCUGGCCGAUGAGCACCUGCUCACUUCGGCACAAUUCAGCUGAGUUAUGAACUCCCCUGAGGGGCUAGUAAACCCCCGGGCCCUCCCAUACCCAUGUGAUGGAAGCUCCUGGGGCACUUCUGUUCCCUGACCCGUUUCUCCCAGUCCUUAGCCCGUUCCUGGGCUUUUCUUUCAUCGGCUGUAACACUAGAAGCUUGGAGUCUCUGACUCUUUCCAGGAUCUAAGUCCAUCCCCCUCUGUCUCUGACAUGCACGCACAUAUGCCCUAUAACUCACUGCUUCCGUGUUUUAUGCACUACAAUUGCUCUUAAUGCAUCUCCUCUUGGCUGAUCUGGCCUAGGAUCCAAAACAGAGUCUCAGAGGCCCUGGGGGCUGUCCGUGUAAGAUUACAAUCUUUUAGCCUGGUGCAGCAUCCUCCGGGGAAGCCUGCUCUGGCUGGCAGAAGCGCUGGGAUAUUUUUAGGGGGACUGUAUGGGAUUUCCCCAUUGACCCAUUUCUCCCUGGGAGACGGUGGCGAGAGAAACAGGAUCUGCUUUUGUUUUUUUUAUGGAAACUUUUUAAUUGUGUGUUUAUUGCAGCAAAUCCCUCCAGAGGAAAGCUCUCAAAGGCAGGCUUAUAAGCCUCGUCAGCUUUGCACUGCCUUUGAAGGAGAGCGGUCGGAUGAUCUGCAUGGUGUGAGGAGCCAUGAGACCAGACGACAUUAACCCUAGGACGGGACUAGUGGUGGCUUUGGUCAGCGUCUUCCUUGUUUUUGGCUUCAUGUUUACCGUUUCUGGGAUGAAAGGGGAGACCCUGGGAGACAUCCCCCUCCUGGCAAUAGGACCUGCUAUUUGCUUGCCGGGCAUAGCUGCCAUUGCACUAACGAGGAAAACAGAUGGCUGCACCAAAUGGCCUGACAACAAGCGUCCCUGCAGCAAAAAGGCGAAAGACAAGGAAGUGGUGGAGCUGCUGAGAACGCCCUCGGAUCUGGAAUCGGGCAAAGGCAGCUGCGAUGAGCUAGCCAAGAAGGCAUACCUGCAGGACAGGAAAGUGCUGAAGGGAGAGGACUCUGUGUCCAUCUGCACCACCACCACAACCACCACCACCAUGGGAGAAUGCAAGAGCCUGAUCAAAAGGGUGGACCAGGAGGAGAUGCUGAGAUACCUGGAGACCUGCUACCUGGAGAUGCCAGGGAACGUGCUCGUGGGAGAGGGUCCCACUUACAGUGCCUUGGAGAAGAAGAGUUCUCCUCCCUGGGACAGUGCUGCCUGUCCUGACACAGAGGACAACAUUUUUGUGGCUCCAAAAGACAGUAUAAUUGUUUGUUCCUACAAGGAGAAUAGCCCUUACGACAGAUAUUGUUGUUACAUAAACCCUACUGGAGUCAGCUCGGACCAUGAGACUAUAGUUUGAAUGAUGCACAUUUUAUAUAUCUCUAUGUAUUUUUACAGACUCUACAUCUUUCAGCUCUUAAUAGGGGAAAGUAGCUGAUUGCACUGCAUGGAACACUCCUCAUACUAUUACAAAUUUAACCUGGUAUGUGACUGAUGCUCAAACCUUUUGUGCCUGAAAUACUUUCUGUAAGUAAAUAAGCAUGUUUAAGGCUAAGAACUCCUUCUUCUUUGUGAAAAUCCAUUUUAAUUAUUUUAAAAAAUGUCAGUGCUGAAUAUUUUGUCCAGACACCCCCUCUCCCAAGACCCGAGCUCCUAGACAAGUUGGCAAGGUGAAGGCAUUGACUGUCAGCUAAAAUCAAGGCAAGAGUCAAAAGUCUGGAGCUCGCUAUGUAAAAUAACAUGCAAUAAGGAUGAGUGGAUCUUAGGAAUAGUGUCACUUCCUUUAUUUCUGGAGGAAUUGAUAGAAGUCAAUGUGCAGUUGAAUUAGUUGGCUGCCUGAUGUUAAGCUGUUAGAAAAGCUUUUCAGUUCAAUCAGUCUUAGACUCAGGCAGGCAAAAUCAGGGAGCCAAUGUCUGACUUCAGUUUUCUGCUCUUAUUAGAUUUUACAUGACCUUGUUUUAGGAAAUCAAAGAGCAACAUUGUAGGCUAUUACCCUGCCAGCCUCCUGAGUCAAGGAAGGGGACUAGGAUCGAGAGAAUUUUUGAAGGCAAAUCUAUCAGCAAUCAUAUUAAAGGUACAAGUGUUAGGCUA